AUGGAAAAGAGAAUCAAAAGGGGGAAAAAAGUGGAUGGAUUUUGUAUACAAAUGUCUCGAUGUGUAUGUAAUUCGACAUCGCUAAAUCCAUUUAUUCAAUCAGUUAAUGGCAUUAACAACAAAAUGUUAACAUCAGUAUCACCAGUCGCCAUGGUAUCAUCGAUUAAAUUAGAAAAUAGACAAUCAAUCGAUAAUAAUAAUCGUUCAUCUUAUUCAUCAGAAGUAAUAACAACAAAUAAUUCAACUGAUAUACAAACAACAAAAUUAUUAUCAAAUAUUACGACUUAUGCUACAAAUAAUAAUAAUAUUAGCCACGAUAGUUGUCUGCCUUCUAUUUCAAAAAAUAAUUUAUCCAAUGAGACAAUUGAUCAUCCGAGUCGCCUAAAUCAAUUUAGUUGGGAAGAAUUAGAUGGACGAUAUAUUCCCGUUUUAUUUAGAAAUGAAAACGGUCAACAAGAGCGGUAUACAUCAAAAAUUUAUGUUGAAAAUACGUUAUUUCAAAAUGAAUCAUGGCAAAAACAUGCAAUAUUAGCAAAAUCAUUGCCUCUUGUACCAUUUACCUACACCGAGAGUGAACUGAAAUUAUUUCGUUCCAUCAUCGAAUGGCAUUUGGCACAAUUUCAUUUCAAGUCGAUACCGUCAACCGAUUGUCUAAUACGUUAUAAUGAUUUGAUUGAUUUUUAUUCUACUAUUCGAACGUUACGUGAUUUGAUGCCAUCUACAACAACAUUCAACCAUCAUAAACAAAACCGUCCCGUUCCAUUUGAAAUAUCUACCGUUAAUCAUACAUUACAUCAACAAAUUCCAUCAAAUUUAACUCUCAAUACACAUAUACCAUUCAUUUCACAAAAUUCAAAAUUUGUUGAUUCAUCAACAAACCCUACAUCAUCACCACAAUCUACAGUUGUCGAAUUGUUACAUCGUCAACAAAAACAAAUGAAAACUUAUCCAGCAUCACCACCUAAUCUUCUAAAUUCAGAAGUUUCACAAUUUCCAUUAGGCUAUCUACCAUCUAACCUCUUGAUGCCACCAAAUUCUUAUCCAUUUCAUUUUUCAUCACCACGGACCACGUCUAGACAACCAUCACUUAUCGCUCCAAAACCGCAAACAAAUGGUAAAAGUACUCAAGAUUUAUCUACUAACAGUAAAACUCAUAAUUUACCCAAACAACCAUCGACCCAACUUCAAUGGCAUUCUCAGCAAUCGUUGCAAUAUCAACAGCAUUUACUGAAACAACAAUCUCCCUUGAAAAAUAAUGUAAAUAAACCACCAACUGCUGUUAUUCCUCACCAAUAUGAAACACCUGAAAAACCUCCAUAUAUACCAGAUGCAAAAAAAUCAGGAUGGGUGCAAAUAAACAAUGUUUUUGUUCCAUAUAUUGUAAAAUUAAAACUACGUGAUGGUGAAAUAGAUAACCGCUUAACAAAACAACAAUUACAACGUGAAAUUUAUGUACCAUACGAAAUCUUAAUUAAAUGUCAAAUAUUAUCGAAUGAAGAAUUUUUAUUUAAAAAAUUUUUAAUUAGAGCUACUCUAUCAGAUUUUGAGAUAUUUAAUCAAUUAAUAUCAAAUAUAAAUAUAUUUGAUGAAAAAAUACCCGAGAAAACAUUACUUGUUAAUCUUUAUCAUAUAAUGAUUGGUUUAAAUCGUGUAUUAUACGUUAAAAUGUUAUCAUCGAAACAGCCACGAGCACAAGUAAAUAAAUUUCAUCAAGAUGUUCUUAAGCAACGCGGUGGAACUCUGCGUAUAAACGAUAAAUUAGUACCUUAUUUAAUACAGAACAAUCGUUAUUAUGUACCAUUAUUAUAUACAUAUUCAUCAAUCAUUAACGGUGUUAACUUUGCUAAAAAAUUUGCUCGUGCACCAAGACAAUUUGAAAUUGAUUAUCUAAAUUUAUUAUUUUUAUAUUUUUCAAUUGAUAAUAUUGUAUUGACACCGGAUACGUUGCUUGUCGAUGCCUACGAUGUCAAAAUACCAAAUAUUCAAAUAAUAAAACAUCUCUCAUUGAUCGAACAUCAACAACGUGAACGAAUGAGUUUGAAUAAUAUACAAAUGAAAUUAUCAACAAAAAAAGUUCAUAAAAAUUUAACUUCAAAUACAAGUACCAUGAACAGUGCUAUUAAUCAACAUUCGAUCAAUACAAAUAUUUCAUCAUCUUGUAAACAAUCAAAAUGUGGUCGGACAAACGUUGUUGUCAAUCCAUUAAUUCAUACGGCUACUUUUUAUGGUUUAUCAACUACAUCACCAUCACAAACAUUAACGGUUCCCAAAUCAACAUCCGUCAUUAAUACAAAUAAAUCUAAUAUUAAAAUCACAACAUCUUUAGCGCCACAGAGUUGUUCAUUAUCUAAUAAUUUAGUUACAAGUAAUCCAGCAUUAGCAACCGUACAAAACACUGUUGUUCUUAAUCCUGCUUUAAAUUCAUUAUUACAUUCAUAUACAAAACAACACCAUAUAGAUAUUCAUACCAAUUCAAAAUUGACUAAAACCAGUAACCCUUCUGAUUAUAAACAAAAUAAUUCAGUAAAGAACAGUACUAAUUCUCACCAUUAUCAUCAUUAUUCACACAAAACAUCUGAUAACGGAGGUGUAAUUAUUAAUUCAUCUUUAGAAAAAUCAAUAGAAAAAUCUUCCAUUACUCCUCAUUUUAAUCAUUAUCCAACAAGUUCUCCACCACUGAUACCACAAUGGGCACCAGAUUUAAAUUCUUUAGCAUCUUAUGUUUCUUCGUCAACAGACAAAAAAAAAUUAAAUUCAAAUAUGUUUCAACCACAUCAAUUAGCAUUAACAAAAGAUAUUCAACGGCAAAACUCGCAACAUUCGUAUCAGGAACAACAGUCAAAAUCAUCUCGUGUUACAGCACCACCUCCUCCACCGUCUCCAUUAUAUCCACGCCCAGAAAUUCGAUCAUUUCAAAUUCGUCGUCGACCAUUCUAUGGCAUUGUGAAAAGUCCGGAAACUCCCAUUGGCGAUUGGAAAAUUCCUUCAUCACAUAUUUUAAAUCAGUUUGCAUCAACGAUCACAAUCAAUACAUUUUUAAAACUAUGUGAUAAUGAAUUUGAUAUUAAAUUAGUUCUGUUGGAUAAUGAUGAAAAGAGUUUAGUUUCUCAUCAUGUUGGUCUUUGUAGUCCUGAUGAAUGUUUUAUCUAUCAUCGUGAUUUAGAACGUUGUAUAGAACUAUUACUCAGCUAUAAGCGAAUUCUGCAGUCGUUAUCAACCACUAACUAUGCUCUUCCAUCAUUUCCUUCUCAUUCACCAGAAAUUCCCGUUCAAAAUGAACAAUGCGUAAAUACCCCUUCAUUACCACUUCAUUUAAUGCCAGAGACUACAGUUACACAAUCACAAAAAACACAACCAGCAGCGCGAAAACGAAAAGCAACAGUACCAGCGACAAGAAUACCGUCGAAUACAUUAGAUGAAAAAUGUCAACAACAGCAACAAAUGACUGUUGUGAAUUCAAACAGUAUUUCAUCACCAAUUAACUCAGAUCGAUCGUCAACUCCACAGCCACCUGUAGAAAUUUCAGAAUCGAUGAUAUUGUCAUCAGUGAUCUCUCCAGAUGAAGAGCCUUAUCAUCAAUUAAAUAUUGAAACCGUCGAAAAAUCACCACCUGUUAUCGCCACUGAUACAGCAGAUGAUAAUGAACCAAAUUUACUUCUUCUCACACCAACCUUUGAUUCAACCGGUGUAUCAAAUUCAUUUGAUGCAGUGUCAUCAUCAUCACCCCUAAAAUCGAUCUCAACCAUAAAUCAUCCAGAUGAUGAAGGACCAUCACAAUUUAUUAUCGAAGUCAUUCCAAAAAAUCAUACAAGUGACACAAUUCCAUCAUGUUCAUCCGGUUACGAAUCAUCCGGAUUCGGUGGUAGUAAUACAGCUCAAUCGACCGAUGAACAAUCACCAUUAACAACAGUCACAAUCUCGCAUCUAGAUGAACCACCUAUAAAUAAUAAGACGAAUGAGGAUGAUACUGAUGGUGAUUCGUGUCGAUCGAGAACUCAAUCCUAUGUUUCAACGGAGUUAUCGUUUAAAGAGCAAGAAGAUGAUGAGCUACUACUAACCGUUAAAGAAGAUCAGAAUCAGCAAGAUCGACGAUCACAUUCUCCUCUUUUACAAUCGACUACUGAUCGCCGACGUCUCGGAAAAUUAUCAUGCCUGUCACCUCCAACAAAACGUCGAUGUUCUAGUUGGGGUGAACCAGUUGAGAUUUGCAGUACAAAGAUAGAAAAAAGUUUAAGAACAUUGAAUGUGAACGGUGGCGGUAAAAUAUCGAUAAAUGAAGUAAACGAACAGCAACGAAAUAUCCAUUCUUCUUCAAAAAAAAGACGAAGACGUGGUCGACUAUCAUUAUCAAAAAAGUCGCAUACACAAAGCUCAAUUUCAAAAGUUAUUAUAAAACCGAUUGUUCCUAUUCCUACAUUAUCAUCUUGUUCGGAAGAUAUUGAUGAUCAUGAUGAAUGUGAUAGAUCAAACGAUAUUAAAACAACAGAUCUUUCUAAAUCUCUUGAUCUAUGUACUGAUUCCGAUACGAGUGAAUUAGACAACGAAAUAUUUACAAAUGUUAAAUGUCGAAAACGAUCGAGAAAGAGAAGAAAAGUGUCAAAAACUAUUUCACAUGAAAAUGAUGAUAGUAAACUGGAUAGAAUUGUUGUACAAGUGGAUAAUGAUGACGAUGAUUAUAAUCAUCAAACACAAUCAAAUAGUUCAGAUUCAAAUUUAUUUAAAAUGUUUGAUAAUACAGCUAAUAUGGCAAUAGAACAACAGAACAAAACAAAAUCAUUAAUCACGAGAAAAGUUAACGAUAAUUCCGCUGUUGUCCCAUCACAGCAAGACAUUCCGGCAAUGAGUUGUACGUAUAAAAUUCAAUGUAAUCCUGAUCGAUUAUCAUUGACAUUGAAGAGAAUUCAAAAAUAA